UGGGUUAGAAAGACUCUUAUCUGCUCUCACUCUAACACGAAUUUCACAGUAUGGCUUGCUCCGUCCUCAACCUGGUCUUUUACGGCAAGGUUGAUCCUUCUCCUUGAAAACAAGCUGAGUCCAGAUUCCGAGCCAGAAAAUUUACCAUCUAUAAGCCUUCGCGGGGAAGAGGUUUAUACUCUCCAAUUCAACACUUCCGCAGGGAUUUCGGAGUCUAGUGAGGUGUCCGAUUUCAGUGGAUUGCCUUCGGUAGACUACGCGUUUUACCUGUUCCGCACCGUACGUUUCCAUCUUGGGCAAGAUUACCAUUUGAUUGAAGACGAAGAUUUCGAGGAGAGUGUUCGCGAGUUUUACUACGGUAAUGCAACCCAAAAGGUUGCAUACUCUAGACUGUGGUUUGUUCAGUUCCUCAUUGUCCUCGCUUUUGGCCAUGCAUUUCUUCUUUCCACUAAGGGCUGUGAAGCUCCUGGGUCCAAAUUCUUCAUUCGCGCUAUGUCAUUGAUGCCUAGCCAUGGAUCCCUAUGGAAAGACAGUCUGCUGGCGAUUCAAGUAUCCGCCCUGGCUGGGUUGUAUCUGUAUUCAGUGGAUAACAGGGAGCCAGCCCAUAUUUACGUACGUCAAGUACCCAACACCUCCUCAUCAAAAGCGGUUCACAUAGAGCUGACCACCUUGACUUUGCUUCCUGAAAGGGAACUCGGAACGGACGUGGUUCUAAGGUGUCGAAAGAUUUGGGCAACCCUUUACAUCAUGGACAUGCACUUCUCCUCCUCUCUAGGGGUGCCAAUGAUCAUCCGCGAUGACGACAUUAACGAUAUCCUCACUGCGCAUAAUCUCACAUCCCCGAGUCAAUCUUGCGUAAUCAGAGCGACGAGACCACUCCUAUUGUCUGUACUCAGGGAGAGACUUGAUAACCUCGAUAAACCACAGGACUGGGAGGAUUGGAAAGCUUUCAUCUCUACAACAAAGCCACUAAUCACUACAGGGAUCAAGUCAGCUUUGAAAUCUAUUGAGAUACUAUCUGGUGACGUAGGGAGUUUUCUUGAACUUCAAUCGGCUGAUGUAUUGAGGGAACACUUAGAGAUGUUUCUACCAUUUGAUCUCGAAUUCAGCUUCGCAGCUGCCUUACAUCUCGCCAUGGCAAACGUUCUUUUCCCCAAUGCGGACGAGCACAGUCAGACCUACUUUUCCAAAGCUUGUGAUAUCUUGGAGGAAAUGACAGAAAGGGGCAAUAGACUUGCCGGCGCACGCAACAAGGAACUUGAGCAUCUGAGCACUCUCUUCUCUAAGCUUUUAGAGAGAGCGGAGACAAGGGGGUUUAAUACUCUGACGUUCAAUCCAGCGUUACAAGCAACGAACGAGGUCCCAGAAAAUUCGAGUACGACACAGGACUGUACCAUCGAAGACAGCGGCUCCACCGCGAUGAACGAAGAUGCAUUUGGCCGUACAUCCGCAAGCUUUGGUGAUGCACCUGCUCCAGUGCGAGACUUCGGUGUACGAAACCCACAAAGCUUUCCCCAAAGCCAAGAACCUUCGCUCGACGUCGGACAAGACAUUCUAGCUAGUAUUGGUAUCUCAUCUUACGACUUCUUUGAGAUAAUAGAUCAGAUACAACCUGGUGAUAAUAUAUUUGACAUGGAGGCCUAG